AUGUUUCGAAAUUUGUUGAAUCAAGGCGCGGGUAGGAGAGGGCUUUUUGGUGGUAAAGAUGAGUCGAACGGAGACAAACCACCUUCGCUCCCAGAGCACUUGCAAAUGACGAUCGAUAUUGCUUCCAGUAUGCAAUCGGUUGUGUCGAUGCUGGUGGCAGAAGAGGAACCUGCCUCCAAAAUUCAAGAAGAAAUGGAACCUCUGCACAAAGAGCUGGUCAAUUUGCUGAAAGCUUGUAUCGAAGUCAACAAAGAAAAUGAUAAGCGACAAGCGAAAGAAAUGGAUUCUUCCAAAUUCGUCAUGGAUCAAGUCCAAUCUCAACUCAUUUCCACAAAGAAAGAGUUGACCGAAACCCAAAUGACCCUUCAGAAAACCAAAGGGGAACUCCAAGAAACCAAAGACGAGCUUCAACAAACCAAAAAGGAAUUGAAAGAAGCUCAAGAGUCAUCAGAGGCAGUUCCAGAAAACAUCGCCCUUGGACAACAGCAGCCAUCACUGCAAUCAGCCACCGACUCGGCAGAUGUCCAAUUGAUGCAAUCUCAGGUAGAAUCUCUGAAUCACAAGUUGGAACAUCGCCAGAGUCGAAUUGACAACUUGCAGCACAUUCUUAGCAUGAAAGAUCGAGAACACGAAACCGAAUUGAAUAGACAAAAGGCCAAGGCCAUGCUAGGCGGCACGUCCGGAUCUGACAAUGAAGAUAUUGAGAAUUUGCAAGCCGAGUUGGAAGAAACCAGAGAAGAGUUGGAGCAAGUCCGAGAUGAACUGGAACAACAAACUGAGGUCAUGAUUGAAGCGGAAGACAAAUUGAAGGAAGCUGACCAAGCUCUUGAAAACAAAGCGCAGAUGGAGGACCGGAUAGAUCACUUGUCGGAACUCUUGCACCAGAAGAGUCAAGAGGUGAACGAGAUUGAGAACGAAUUGGAACAAAUGCACGUCAUGAUGGAGCAAACUAAGAAUAUCAUCAAUGAACAGGCCGAAGAACUAGAAGAGAAGAACUUCCAACUGAAUGCCAUGAGUGGCUCGCAGGUCGCCAAGCCAGCAGUCGAUGAAGGGGCUGUUUCUACCCUGAAGGAAGAACUUGAAAAGACUAUGGAUCAACUCAGAGAUCGAGAAGAUGAUAUCAAGAGACUGAAGGAUGAUUUGCAAAAUACCAAGGAAAUUAUGGAUAUCCAAGCACAAGUCUUGCAAGAACACAAGAACAAUCCUCCUCCGCCACCGCCGCCCCCUGCACAAUCGUUUGAUAGCGAAGAGGAAGAUGUUUUGGGAAAGAUUUCGAUUGAAGAACACAUGGAAACUAUCCAAGACUUUCAGAAGCAACUGGAAGAUGCACGUGAAAAAAUUGCGGAGCAAUCGCGUCAAAUCAACGAACAGCAUCAACAAAUUAACGUAGCGGCGCCAUGGCGGGAGGAUGAUGAACCAAGUCGAGAUGACAUGAAGCAGGAACUUGAUAUUGCUACAAAACGAAACCAACGACUCGAAGAGCAAAUUGAAGAGAUUGAAGAUCAUUUGGAAGAAACAAUGAGAGAAUUCGAGCAACAAGCCGCACUCAUUCAAUCCAAGGAUGAGCAAAUUCGAUCACUUGAAGAAAAGGCCGAAGUCGGAGUGGGACAAAGUCGGGAUGAUGUGAGAUCCACAAACUCCUCUCUGGCAAAUGAAGUGGAGGACAAGGAACGCAUCAUCGAAUCUUUGGAAAUGCAACUAUUGGAAGCCGACGAGGCCAUUCAGGAAUUGCAAAAGGAACAUUUGGUCCAGCGCAAGUCGAUUGCCAUCACCAAUGACUCAAAACGGGAAGAGCGGGAAGCUUUUAUAGAGUCUUUAGAGAUGCAACUGGAAGAUGCCGAUACCGCUAUUCGCAAACUGGAAACUCGGGUUCGUGAGAAAGACAAGGAAAUUAAACGAUUAGAGGCAGAUAUAGAAGAAACACGACAAUUGCUGGAGGAAGCGCAGCAAGCGAACGAAGGGAGCCAUUCCAGAGGAAUGGAUCCAAUCGAACUAGAGGAGAAGGAUGCAGAAAUCGAAAGACUCCAAAAGAAGCUGAAGGAUGUGAAAGCAAACGCGAGUCGUUCGAAAGCAUUGGAUCAGGAGCUCGAGGAAAAGGACAAGGAAAUCGCUAGGCUUGAAACUAAACUCAAGGAUGCACAGGUCAACGGAAGUCGUUCAAGAGGGCUGGACCAAGAACUCGGGGAAAAGGACGAAGAAAUUGCAAGACUUGAAAAGAAGCUCAAGGAUGUCCAACAGAAAGCAAACCGUUCUGGAGAAUUGGAUCAAGAACUCGAGGAAAAGGAAGAAGAAAUCGCUGCACUUCAAAAGAAGCUCAAGGAAGUCCAACAAAAAGUAAGAAAUUCGAAAGAACUGGAACAAGAACUCGAGGAUAAGGGUAAAGAAAUCGCCAGACUUGAAAAAAAGCUGAAAGAUGUGCAAGCAAAGGCAAGCCGUUCCAAAGAUUUGGAUCAAGCACUCGAGGAUAAGGAUCAAGAAAUUGCUAGACUUGAAAAAAAGCUAAAGGGUGUCCAAGAUAAGACGAGCCGUUCCAAAGGAUUGGAUCAAGAACUCGAGGAAAAGGAUUCAGAAAUCGCUAGACUUGAAAAGAAGCUAAAGGAUGUCCAAGAAAGGGCAAUGUCCGAAGAAGAGUUUGCUGAAGUGCAAAAGGCGCUUCUUCACGCAAACAAAUCGAUGAAGAAAGGACAGAAGCAAAUCACUAAGUUGACUGAGCAAUUGGAAGGGACGGAAGCAGCAAUGAAACGAGAGCUUGCUAAAGCACAAGGUUUGAUAGAUGAAAAGGACGCAGCGAUAAGUUCUUUGGAGCUCAAGUUGGAAGAAGCCGAAGUAAGGCUUGUCACAUCACAAGAAGAGCUACAAACUCAAGCAGAAGAACUAGAAAAGGUAAAAAAAGCUAUGCAAGGAAUGCAGCACGAAACUCGAGGCGGCUCCGACGAGUCUGAAACCACGAUUAAUUCGCCAAAAGGAGGAGAAAGAGCAGAGAAGCGGGUAUCGGCGUUUGGGGCAAAUACUGAAGCGAUGACAUAUCAUGAAUUGAAGGACCGAUUGGAAGUUUUGGAGCAAGAGAAGAUUGAGCUUGCUGCAGAGAAAAAAAGGAAGGCGGUUGCAAUGAUCUCUUUGCAAAAGCAGCUGGACAUCGCCAAGGAGGAAGCCCAAAAGCUGGUCCCAUUUCGUAACGAGCUGAAGGAUGCACUAAAGAAAGUAUCAAGUUCUGAUGGCAUUGAGGCAGUAAAGUCUUUACAAGCCAGCUUCGACCGAAAGGAAAUGGAGUCGAACGCGAAUUCUGACAAAUUGCAAGAAAAGUCUAUUCAGUCUUUGGAAAAAGAAAUUGGGCUUCAUGAAAAGGAUGCAAUGAUCGCAUCCCUUGAAAAAGAGCUUCAAGAAUUGACGGCGUCAGAUAAACAAACAAAGCAAGGAAGUGACAAGAGCGAAAGCACUGUUAAGGAACUCGAAGAUGAUCUCAAGACACGAAAUCAAACCAUCAGUACGCUUCAAGGCAAACUCAAGGAGCUCGAAACAGAGUCAGAAAUCAGAAGUUCUUUGGAAAAGAAGCUUCCACCCGGAGACACACGCGCUAUGGGAGAGGAGCUAAUUCGGGCUCAAAAAACAAUAUCGAAUCUUCAGCAAGAAAUCGGAGACUUGGAAGGAAAUAUGAAACAGGCUCUUUCCGCAUUGAUCAAAGAUAAAGACAGCGAAAUUAAAAGGCUACGCAGCGAAUUCGAAAAUGCAGCGAAGGUUGUUGUGGAAAAGGAAGCAGAGAUUGCUCGCCUGAAGGAGCAGCUCGAGGAGAAUGAGAGGACGAUGCAAGUUGUAAUCCGGAGUCGAAAAGACCAAGCCAACGAAUCGGAAAAAAUGAAGGGUCGCGUCAGUGGAUUGGAAUGCGAGCUCCUGCAAGCCAAGUGCGAUGAGGAGACGAAGAUAGAAGAAUUGAAUAAUACUAUUCAGAUGCUGAAUCAACAAUUGGAGGCGUCAGAAGAGUCGAUUAGAGCUCUACAGCGGAAGGGACAGCAGACAAAACGGAAGUCACUGCAGGCUAAAGAUGACACGCAAGCCGAGAUCGAGAACCUAAAGGCAAAGAUCAAGACUUUAGAAGCAGAAGUGAAUAAGAAAAAUCAAGAUAAGAUACGGAUCACGGAAUUGGAGUCGCAACUGGAGCGAGAAGUGGAGCAAUCAAUAGAAGCUGGACGCAAGAAGCAAUCUGAAAUUGAUGUCCUUACGGCGGAUCUACAAAAUGCUAAUACGAGGAUCGAAGAUUUGGGAGAGUUGAUACGUUCGGAACGGGAAAAACGGGAGCGAAAAGUUAGCAAAGAUGAACACCGAAUCAUUGACCUAGCAGAUCGAUUGGAGCAGGAAAUUGAUCACUCUGAAUCUCUGAAAAAGCAGUUGGACACCUACAAACAUUCUCUCAAGGCAAAGCGCAAAAUCAUUGAUUCGCAAGCUCACGAGCUCCGUGAUUGCCAAGACAAAUUGGAUAUGCACGAUUCGAUCACGCGGAAGGCCAAGCGAAAGAUGAAGCAAUUGGAGAACGAGAUUUGGAAUCUUGAAGGUGAACUAGAGAGCAUCAACAUGUAUCUCCGAGGUCAACAACAACAGCGAGGAGGGUUUGGUGGUAGUGGCGGACGGGGUGGGCGUGGUGAUCCAAGGGGAAUGCAGGAUCCUUAUGUUGACGACGUCCCAGUAACUCAAUACUUGGAUCAAUUCUCCAAGAAAGUUCUGUCAGCACGGCGUCAACUGGAAGCCGCGCAAGAUAAGAUGCACCGAGGUAGAUAG